UACGAAAUUUUAUAACAAAUAGGAAAAGGUAGUUUCGGAAUAGUAUAAAAAAUAAAGCGUAUUCAAGACAAUAAAUUACUCGUUUCUAAAGAAAUAAAUUACGGAAAAAUGACCGAACAAGAAAAACAAUAAUUAGUAUUAGAAGUAAAUAUAAUAAGGGAAUUAAAACAUCCAAAUAUAGUUUGUUAUUAUGAUAGAUAAAAAAGAAACAAAAAUAUAUAUAAUAAUGGAAUAUUGUGAAGGAGGAGAUUUAAGUACUUUAUUAAAAAAAUGUAAAAAAAAAACGAUUAUAUAAGUGAAGAUGUUAUAUGGAAAAUUUUUACUUAAAUUCUUUUUGGAUUGUCUGAAUGUCAUAAUCGUUAAAAAAAUAAAAUUUUACAUAGAGAUUUAAAGCCUGCGAAUAUUUUUUUAGAUUCUUAAAAUAAUAUAAAACUUGGUGAUUUUGGUUUAAGUAGAAUUUUAAGCGAAAAUUCAGAAUUUGCAAAAACUCACGUCGGUACACCUUAUUAUAUGUCUCCUGAGCAAAUAUAGGAAUCUAAGUAUAAUGAAAAAAGCGAUAUUUGGAGUCUUGGCUGUCUUUUAUAUGAAAUGGCUGCUUUAAAACCUCCUUUUUAGGCGAAAAACCAUUUGUCUUUGGCUAUAAAGAUAAAAAAUGGAUAAUUUGAGCGUUUACCAAUAAAAUAUAGUGAAGAUUUGCAAUAAUUAAUACAAAAUAUGCUCAAUAUAAAUUCUGAAAUGAGGCCUUCUGUAAAUUAGUUAAUGAAAUUGCAUUAAGUCAGUUUGAGGUUAAAAGAAAAAGAGGUGAGAUAAUUCCAUU